AUGCAACUCUGUCAGGCCGUCGGCCGUCCCAGCCUUUACGGCCUCGGCAUCCGGCUCGCCUUCUACGUGCAAUGGUUCGGCGCCCUCGCAGCGGAAUACAUCGAGAUCGCCGACAUGUGCGACGUCCGCCUCCUCGGUCUUCUCCUCUCCGCCGCGACGCUCCUGGGCCUCGUCGCCCAGCUUGCUGCCGCGCACCUGGCGCCCAUCGACGUCUACAUCGCGCUCCUCCUCGUCACGGGCAUCUACCUGCCGCUCGCGCCGCUGUGGCUCUGGAAGGCGGCCACGCGCUGCCACGCGCGGUACGAUCCGCUGCGCUGGUCGCGCGAGACGCCGAGCCCGGCCUUCAGGGGACUGGACUUUGCGCUGCUGCUCGCGCUCGCGGGCCUGGGGACGUGGUUCUGGACGAGUCGCGUGCCCGGCGGCGACGACGACGCGUGCCGCAGGGCCCACGUCGGCUUCUUCUUUGCCCCCGUGCGUCUGGGCAACAGGCUGUUCAUGGCGUUUCAUGCCCUGUUGUACAUCGCCACCAUGCUCGUGUGCGCGGGCAUCAUGCUCGUGAAAGCAGGCUGGAGAAUCCCCGUGUGGCAGGAGCGUCGCAGGCGGCGGAAGACGAGACGCCUCCACAUCGCCUUCAUCCGAGACGUCAAAACCUUGGUCAAGCUUGCUGUCCUGGCGACCCUGACGGCUGCCGUCGAAAUGACCAUUGUCUGGAACCGCAUACCGGACGUGAACGACGUCGCCGAUGCUGCGCAGAUGAUCCCGUUGGUUGUGGUCAUCGGGAUCAUGGUCAGGGCGGUGUUCCUGCAUUUCGCCAGGGCAGAGACCGCGUCGGAGACGUCGUCAGGUUCGAGAAGCAGGGGCCAGUUGUCGAGGCGAAGCAGCGUGGCCGAGUCGCGGCGGUCUUCGGCUUCGCGGCAUUCGGGGUCGGAAGGGCCGGAUAUCACGAGACGGCCGCCCCCUGUGCAUGUUCAUUAA